UGUUAGAAUAAUAAUAUAAAACAAAAAUACAGAUUGCUGCAGGAGAGUGAGAGUUCAGUACUCGCUAGGAACCUAACUUGCUGUUAUAGAUCAGAAGCCCUUGAAAUCGAGAAAUGGGGACUAGAGGCGACGACGGCGAAAGGUUAACGGAAGUGGACUUGUUAAUUGAGGUGCUCUCGAGGCUUCGUGUGAAGCCCUUGCUUCGUUGCAAAUCCGUGUCUAAAUCAUGGUACGCUCUCAUUUCUAGCCCUAAUUUUGUCAAAUCUCAUCUUCAACGUGCAAUCACAAGCUGUGUUGUAGACGAUGAGGAUAAAAAUAAUUUCAUACUUCACUUACAUAGAGAUUGGGCUCGUCUUAAAUAUAGAAAAGCAGAUGGCUCAUUUUCACUCUUCAAUCUCGAAAUUGGUCAUACUACGACAAAUCUUAAGUUUCCUUACCCUCAAGGGGAGUAUGACACGGAUCCUCCCUCUCUUCUUGUUGGGUUUGUCUGUGGAAUUGCUUGUGUUUGUGUCGAUGACUCGUAUAAUUUUAGUAAAUACUGGGUGCCUACUGCUGAUCUUCCAACUAAGAUAUACCUUUGGAAUCCCGCAAUUAGACAAUCUAAACUUAUUCGUCCGCAUACUAUACAUGAUGAUGGUGGGGCGGGAGUUGCUUUAGGCUUUGGAUUUGAUCCCAUUGAUUUUGAUUUUAAGGUUGUUAGAGUUGUUAAAGCUAAUUCGUGUGCCAUUUCCGCCGCGGUCUAUUCUACAAACAGGGAUGCUUGGCGAAAUAUUGAUUCUAAGUUGACUGAUGUACCCCGCAGCACAAGGUUAAAGGUAUGCCUCCAUGGGUUUUUAAUUACGACUGGAAAAAGGGGUCUGAUUGCUUUUGAUCUAAACAAGGAGGUGUUUGUUUGUGAUAUUAAGCUUCCUGUCAACAUUAAAAGUGUGCAUUCCUUAUAUGAUACUCAGGACGUUGUCUUCAAGGAUUCUAUUGCUUUUAUUGCCUAUAUGAUUGAUAAACCUCAUAGGAUCAACUUGUGGACAUUAGAUGACGAGGCAUGCCUUCGUGGUGGUGGAGUCCAAGCAUCAUGGACGUUAAAGCUUAAUAUUGGUCUUGAUGAACAAUUUUUCGAUGUCCAGGGCCUUAAUAACAUCGUUGACUUGUUAUUUUUUUCUAGGGGAUGGUGGUACAGUUUAGGCAAGAUUGUGAACAGAUAUAUCUAUCCCAGAGAUGGAGAGUUUAUUUAUUUUGAAGAAGACUUUUUCAAGUAUUCGGAGAGUCUGCUUUCAUUUGAAGGAUCUAUACCAGUCAAUUGGUGUGCUGAUGAAGAUGUUGACUCGGAAGAUGAGGGGGAAAGCAUUGAAGAUUUCAAAUAUGAUCCUGAGGAGAGCAUUACUGAUUCCGAAGAUAUUGAGGAAAGCUCUGAAGCUGAUAAUGGGGAAUGUCGUGAUGAUUCUGCUAUUCCUGCUGUCUUUGAGGUUGCUGGCUUGAACCUAUCAGUGGAGGCUGAUUUUUAAAUUUUGAAUGGAAUAUGGGUGCAAAUGUUGUGAGCUUGUUAUAGUCAGAUAUAAAACAAUUUUAGGCUUGUAGCACCCCUACGCUUGAAGAUUCAACAAAGCCAGAUAAUGCUGUUGGUAUCUUUGGUUCUGGCAGCAGGGGUUAUCACUUAUCUAAAUUUCUUCUUAGGUGACUAGUCCAUCUACUAUUCUACUUUUUCUUGUUGACCAGAAGGAAGUGACAGCAGCGUUGUGCAGUUUACUUUUCUUACCUGCUUUAGGAAUUCAUUUAAUAGCGAGCAGGAUAGCAAGGAUCAUCUUCCAAGACUUGUAGCCGGCUCUCCAAAAAUUCUCAACAAAUCUGGCGAGGUAACUUCUCUCCUAAUCUCUAUAUUUUAUUACUUCAAUCUUGACCCCUUUUUUUCUUCACACCUGUUCCCCUACGGGCUAUAUCUUUCACAUUCUUUUCCCUAACUAUCAGUCUCCUAAUUAUUAUUAUAAUCUUUCCGGAAUGGCAGCUAUAUGAAAUACAGGUAGAUACUCUGACUUAUGAGUCACUUUUCAAGUAAUAUAGGUGGCUUGGAGCAAGGCUGAUUGCAAACCUUAAUCAUCAAGGAGAUUGUAUGAUGUACCUGUAUCUUAAUAUUUAAGAUCCUUACAUAUUAAUUUCCUAAUAUACCUGUUUCUGUGUUGUACUUGUUCUAUUCAGUGACCGACAUGCUUUUAGUCUGAUGGUGGAAUGUAAUAUCGAGUCUAGCAAAGUUGUAGAGGAUGAAUGUUCUGUCAGCUGUCUCAGUGGAGGAAGAAAAUAGUCCAGAAGAUGAAUAUUAUAAAUAAUAGUUUCACUGAUUUAAGAUCCUUAUUUCGUAUGUCAACACUACAAUCACUAUAUCUAUUCUUUAGUACUAAUACUCCCUCCGUUCCCCUGAAUUGUAUAUACAUUGGGGGACGGGGAUGCGGCACACACUUUAAUGCUCCUGUAAAGUAUAGUUCUAUAACUUAUUUUUAAGAUUUUCUUUUUCUAAAUAAAAAUUUGAUAUUAUAGUGCGCGUCGAGCCCCUGUGCACACAUACUUGUAUGGUAAUUGGCUUUAAUCUUAGACAUUGGAUAACGAUGCACGCCUUUGUGAUGCUGAAGUUAAGGCUUCGUGGAUACAAUGUUCACGGGUAAGUUUUCUGAAGGGCUACUUUAACAUACUGAUUUCUUAUGUUAUGUUGAUGAUUGUGACCUCUGUGUGUAUAAUUCCGGCUUGGAAGUGGUCACUCACGUCCCUACUUGUGUUAUUUGGAGUGAAGAUUUAAAGUAUAUACGGAGAGCAUGGUUUCAGUUAGAGGAUCUAAACUAAUCAACUGACUGGCUCAUGAAGAUGAUAAGUAGGAAUGAAGAGCUGGACAGUCAAGUAGUGCAUUUCUUCAAUGUUCACUUCCUUAAUAGUACUAUACUACUUCUCAAUCAUGUGAAAUAGUUGCAGAAUGAUGAGGCCCCUGCUUAACUUUUUAGAAGAUCAAAAUUGGUGUUACACAAACCCGAAGAGGCAAGGCAGAGGGAGUAGAGAGUUGCCUGAAUAUAUCACAAAGAUCUUAGAAGACGCAGAUCAGUAACACAGUUGCCUGUGAACCGAACUUUGACAGUCACUGUCAAGACCAUGUUCAGCCACUUUUCGGAAUAAUAAGAUGAUCAGCAGAGAUGGGCUGCCACCGGCACUUCCAGAGUUAGUUCUGGAAACUGCUUGGGAAAAUGACUGGUCGUUUUCGAGAUGGCUGGUACCUCAUCCAUCCCACACGGUUUUUACCCUUUAGUGUUUUGUCCGAAAAUCGACAUUGAAUAAGACACGGCUCUGCAUUACUGUUCAUGCAUCUAAAAUCAGGACCUUUGCCAUCACUGUUGGAGCCCUUAACUUAUUGCAUAUGCUAUCUUUUUCAGUGCCGAGUGCCGACAUGCUCUUCCCCACAGUUUGUCAUGUGUUUUCCUGCUCUUAGGAUUAAGCAAUUUGUAUUUUUUUUCUAGAUCAGGUAUUGCUUGAUUUUAGAUUUGUGGGUUUAUUAUUUGAACAUUGCUUCUAAAUUAACUUCCACUUCUUUC